UGUGGCUGAGCUGGGCGCCUGUCAGCUCCAGACAAUACACUGAAGAUAUAGAGAUGUGUUUACUGCUGGGACACACACACACACACACACACACACACACACACACACACACAUACACAGACACAGAGAGAGAGAGAGAGACUUCCACCUUGACCUUUCACCCGACUGUAACCGUCCUUCCUGGUUCAGGCAUUUCUUUACCCUUUCUUCCAAAGAACAGGGAGUUUUGUCUUGUGCUAUUAUCUUUGUGUUCACAGCUUCGCGACUGUACGUCCCGACUUCCCACAGCUGCCAGCAACACUACUUUACUUUAUCCAGACUGCAGCGGGAAAUGUAUUGACUCUCAAAGUGCUUGGGUGGCGGGUUCACAUGACACAUGAUGCAGCAAAUGCAGGACGUCGUAGAGUAUGACAAGCAGGACAACUUCUUCUGAAACACUGAGCAGCCGACACACAUUUUCCUGACAUGUUGAACUGUAAUCUCUUUGGUGACAGCACCAUCGACUCAGAAUGGGACUCUGGUCAUAACGGUGAUCUCGUGGUCUGCUUUUGCCAUAAAAGUUUCAAGGAUCGCACCUGUUGGUGAACUUAAAAAGUUAUGUUUCCGUUGCAGGAUCGGUUCACUAUGGGCAAAUCGGUACGUUUCCUUGUUGCCGUUUCUGUGAGGGUUGCUGUUGAACAGAUAUUUCUUGCGGGGAAAACGUUCAAGGAAGCCCUUGAUCAUGGACAAUUCCAUAGACACCAUGAGCCUGCACAGUGGUCCAGUGGAAGCUCGUGUUUCAGUGGUCGCAGGCAGUUCCUGUGGAGACAGCGCAGACUGAUUUGUGCGAGUGUGUGUUUGGGUUUGUGCAGUUGGAAUUGGGCGGUGGGCCUGCAACACACACAUCACCUUCAGCUGUUGCGGUGGUCCUACGUGCACACACACACACACGCACGCACACACACACGCGCACACACACACAGAGAGCAGCCAGCAGGGGAGCCGCCCGUUGCUCUGUCAGGACAUAACUCUGGCGUGCUGUUAUCAUUAAUACACAGUAUUAUUCUGGAGUAUCAUAUCACUUGUUAUUAUGGUGACUUAAGAAGCUCGUUUACCAAACAAUGAGUUUACACGUAGCUCAUUCCAUUCCUUCCUUCAUUGUAUGUUGCGCUGGAAAAAAAAAAGAAGAAGCAUCAGCCCUGUUCCUAAAAUGUAAACGUCAUGUAAAAUAAACUCAGUCUGAUGAUCAGUCUGUCUUAAACAAGUGCCGCGACACAUCUGACUCCAUGUUUAGGCCUGUGAAUCGCACCAGUUUAGUAGCAGACGUGUCACGUGACGCUUCCCCGGGACGGCAGAGCUAUUUUCUCCGCAGUGUGUAACACUUUCCUAAAUUUGGUCGAUGUACUUGUACGGCAGCAGGUUCCUGCCCCCGCAACGCCACACUGGCAAAGCAUUGUCUUAAACGUCUCAGAUAUUACAUUUACAACUAUGGGGGAUUCGGCCAGCUGCUCCCGAAUAAUCUUCCGGGUUUCCUUUUAAACACACUGGCCACUACCGUGUAUACCGAACCGUGUGUGCGUGUGUGCGUGUGUGCGUGUGUGUGUAAAUCUCUGUGAUGUGGUCGAAUUGUCUUGAGUGGGUUGAAGAACAGUACUGUUCCUUUGAAGAACUUGGAAGAACAUUUUGUUUCUAAGAAUUUCAGGUCCUGCUGACACACACACACACACACACACUCACACACACAGCAUGCUUUGAUACCUUCAGAGGGCUUUGAUAAUAAAUGUGACAGUGCUUCUGGCACGUACAACAGAACACGGCUACUUCUCUAGUGAACAUGAUAAAAAUCACAGUUUUAUCAUCAAUCUAAUGGUAAUCAUUGCUCCUCCCUAAAAAUCCUCAAAUUUGAUUUUUAUGCCUAUAGAUUUUACCACUUGAGUUCAAGUAUCGCUGAAGCAUAACACGAGAGUCGUGAUAUCAACCACGGAGCGUUAUGGCAGUUAUAAGUACACAGUGGCCAGGCAGCAGACGCAAAGGAUUGUGGGACAUAAAUAUCAGUCAGAGCCACGUGAGAACUAAUCUGUGAUUGAUUUUUUGUUGUGUGUGUGUGUGUGUGUGUGUGUGUGCGCGUGUGUGUGUGUGUGUGUGUGUACAACAGCGCGGUCACGCUGCAGUGUAUCAGUGUUGCCUCCCUUAUCACUUCCCUGCAGCUCCACUGCCUCUGGACAGCGUCUCUCCACGCCACUGCUCAAUCACGGCAGAUGUAUUUAUUUACCACAUGUGAAUGCGCUACUCACUUGUGGCGAUGUUUUUGGUACAAAAUUAAGUCAUUUUUUUAUUCUUUGAAGGAUCAUUUUUAGGGACAUCCUCGAGUGUAGACUCUUGUCGCUGUCAUCGCUGGUGGUCCGUCACCCCAGACGAUGUUUUCAUUUUCCUGUAAUUGUGAUUUUUUUUUUCCACUAUAAAGACUCAUGAAGCAUUAAUUUGCAAGCGGCACUGAAAGUACAGUUAAACAAAGUGCCAUCAUGUGCUUCAGCAAUGCAGCGUUAAUGAUCUUAUGAAGUGGUGGUGUCACCCUUGACCCUAAGUGACCUGGCCGGCUCCAGCUCUGCUGGCAUGGGAACGUCUGGGACUCUUUUAGGACUCGACGAUUCAGUUGUCACUGAUCUGGAAGUGUCAAAUCUUGACAUUUGACAUCAGGGUAUAAUAAAGGUCUUCAUGGAUAUUUUAGAAUUUGUGAGUAAACAUUGUUCAAAUCUUCUUUUCAGUGGUUCAAAAUAGAUCAGAGUGUAAUAAUAAGUACACGAGUAUCUUUAAUAAAAAUUGAUGUAGGGGUUGUUGUAAAUGUAAUUAAACCAGCGAAAUACAUGGUACAAAUAUAUGAAGAAGUGUGGCAGUAUAAACAUUUGAGCACGGACACAGUGCAAAGUAACAGACCUGCUCGAAUAUGAAUGUCGAUCUUUAAAUUGCCAAGAUGUAAAAUGCAAGAGACCUACUGAGUGCAAGGUCACUCAUUAAACCGGAACAGAAAGAAAAAAAAAAAAGAACUCUGAAAGAAUGCUUAAUGAAACUACCUGAGUCAAAUCUUAGCUCAAUUGUAACUUUCAUUGGCAAGAAAAAGUUUAGGUUUCUUUGAAUCCCACUCUCGUAGGGGAAAGUAUUUUGUUCCCCUGAAACAUCGGGCAUCGUUCGGGAAACAGCGUAGCUCCAAAAAUGGAGCAAAGAAAUAUUUGCGCAUAGAGUUUGCGCACUGAUCCCUCAUGUGAUUGACUAAAUGUCAAUCACAUGAGGGAUCAAGCCGUGUCCCACCGUGAGGGACGCAUGGAGCCUCUUUGUGAAGAAUUACAUCCUGCCCCCGAAGAUGAUGAGCAAACCACACGCACGUUAUUGUUAUUGCCAUGGUCAAACCUUCGAGUGAAUCACUCUCCUCCAUCAUAUCGGAGGCGGGCGGUGUCGACCGGAUCAAGUCGGCUCCAUAUCAUGGUCGGACAUGGGAAGUGUCCCGUCUUAUCUCCCACUCCUCUCCCUCACCCUCUCUCUCACUCUCCGUCCCUCUCCUGGCAUCCACUGAAAGCCGACUCCCUCCCUCCCUCCCUCCCUCCCUCCGCUCCUUCCUCACUGUAUGUAUUUCCUACCCUGACACACACACACACACGCACACACACACACUUCACACACUCCCACCUACAUACAGUAGUCACCGCUUUCUCUAACUCCCUAUCCAUAUCUCUUUUUUUGGUCAAAUCCACACAUGCACACGCGCACGUGCACACUGCUGCGUGUGUUUUCCGUCCGAUGGCUCUCCAAUGAGGCGCUUCGUUGGCCGGGUGUUGGAGCGGCUGGCGCUUCUGUCCAAAAACCUCCAACUGAGUAAAUGCAGGAAACCGAGGAAGACGGUGGGAAGCGGGAAAACCAAACCAUCGGUGAUCCUGACGGUUUACCUCAAUGACACCCAGCAGAUGCUCACCGAGGUUCCGGUUACUCCAGCAACCAGAGUGUUCGAUGUGGUUGAAUACUGCAAAGAGGCCGGCGAGGGCGAAUGUCACUUAGCCGAAUUAUGGAAUGGACAUGAGCGAGUCCUCCCUCAGGAGGUGUUAUUGCUGGACCUCCUUCAGCAGUGGGGGGCCAGGAGGCCGGAGGUCAGCUUCUACCUCCGACACUGCCCCUCCUGGGCACAAGGAGGCCAGCCACCGUUGGAGCAAAGCUGGACCUCGGAAGCAACGGACAGCGCAAACGACAUGGUUCCCCGUGUUGAGCUGACCCUCUCGGAGCUCCAGGAAAUGGCGACAAGACAACAGCAACAAAUAGAGGCUCAGCAACAGAUGUUGGUCGCCAAGGAGCAGAGACUGAAGUAUCUUCAGCACGGAGGCAGAUCUAACCAGGGACAGACACAGUCUGAAGCUGAGAAGCUGCAGCGGCUGAAGGAGCGAGUGGAGACUCAGGAGGCGAAGCUGAAGAAGAUCCGAGCCAUGAGGGGACAAGUGGACUACAGUAAACUGAUCAACGGAAACCUCUCUGCAGAGAUUGACCACGUCAGCAGCCUGUUUCAGGAGAAGCAGGCGGAGCUGCAGACUGCAGUGAUCAGAGUCGACCAGCUGACUCAGCAGUUGGAGGAUUUGAGGAGAGGGCGCCUUCAGUUACACUCUGUCGCACCGACUCCGGGGGCACCCACUGGGUGCCAUGGCGCUGCCACUGGCCAGAAAGGGUCACCGCUGUCCGGCCCUGCAGCCCUGGAGCUGAGGAAGCUCUAUCAGGAGCUGCAGGCUCGUAACCGCCAUAACCUGGAGCAGAGCAGCAAGCUGGCCCAGAACAAGGAGCUGCUGAACAAGAGGAAUGCCCAGGUGACAGUGAUGGAUCAACGCAUCGGAGACCUGAGGGAACGACUGCACAAGAAGAGAGCUGAAUUAUGUCGUAUGAAUGGAGGAGGCCUGUCCUCCCCUCAACCCUCUUCCCACCCCGGCGGUGGGGUUUUGGGUCGCGUGGCGGCCGUCUGCCCCUACAUCCAAGUUCCAACCGAGGGGAGACAGGAGGCGGGGUACCCCCUGGCAGCUGACCCGCCACCCAAACCCACCCCGCUCAGCCAUAUCCGCUCCCUCUCAGCCAAUGAAGCAUCGUGGCCUACCAUCAGUAAGAGUGCGUCCGAUUGGAGGACCAACAGUCCAGAACAGCAUCCCUCUGGUUAUGGUACCUACCCCAGUGCCACCCACCAGGCAGCGGGCCACCACUGUGCCACCAGCUCCCUGCCCCGCUCUGCCCCUGGUACACUUGGUUGGCCUCGAUCUAGUCUUGCUAAAGCCACGUCAUCCUCCUCCUGCUCAUCAUCAUCAUCCUCCUCACAGCUAAUACAACAGCGUAUCUCAGUCCCCCCUAAUUCAAGCAAAGGUUCUGCCACCACCUCCCAGCCCUCUCCACUGUCCCCACAGACAGAGCGAACGGAUCCCCCUCCAGCUGUGGCCGUACGCCCCUACGUCCCGGACCAUCCCUCCAGGCCCCAGUCGCCCAGGAAGGGUCCCGCCACUAUGAACAGCAGCUCCAUCUACAGCAUGUACCUCCAGCAGCCUCAGGCUAAAAACUAUGGAUCUCUCAGCAACAGAACUACAGUCAAAGCAGUCUAUGGCAAACCCAUCCUCCCCACGUCUUCGACCUCUCCGUCCCCUGUCCCUUUCCUCCAGGGAGGAGGUGGAGGUGUGAGAGCAGGAGGAGAGGAUGUAACAGAUAAGGAAGGGGGAAAAGGAGGAGGAGAGAGCAGCGACGGUCAAGUCCUCCCUCCACCGAGCGUGGAUAACAUCCCUCGUCCCCUCAGUCCCACGAAGCUCACCCCUGUUGCCCACUCCCAGCUACGUUACCAGAGCGAUGCAGACCUCGAGGUCCUCCGCCGACGCCUCAGCAAUGCUCCACGGCCGCUUAAGAAACGGAGCUCAAUCACUGAACCCGAGGGCCCGCAGGGGCCCAACAUCCAGAAACUGCUGUACCAGAGGUUUAACACACUGGCGGGAGGCAUGGAAGGAGGCUCAGGCAACACUUUCUACCAGCCCGACUGCCUUCUGGGUGACAUGGACAAUAUCCACUCAGCCAAUGGGAAUGUAGAACCUGGUGACAAGCACAUCAGCACGGCAGCUGUGGAGGGCCAAGUUCAGAACCUGAACUUGGACUCCCGACGCUUGUCCCCUCCUUCUGUUACCAUAGAGACACCCAAAGAGACAAAAACGACAACAGAAUCUACCCACAAUGUCUCUCGGUCGCCUCAACCCAGCCCACCCCCUGCACCGGACAGGCCAGAGGACCAGAACAAUAACAACCAGAGAGGAUCUAGUCCAGCCCAGAACUCUAUUAGCCCGGCAUCUCCAUCACCUCCUGCACCGCCUUCACUACCAAAGGUGAAGCGAACCAACCUGAAGAAGCCGUCAUCAGAGCGGACCGGCCAUGGCCUCCGAGUCAAGUUUAACCCUCUAGCUCUGCUGCUGGACGCGUCGUUAGAGGGAGAGUUUGAUCUGGUGCAGAGAAUUAUCUAUGAGGUGGAAAACCCCAGUAUGCCUAAUGAUGAAGGCAUAACUCCUCUUCAUAAUGCCGUCUGUGCCGGACAUCACCAUAUUGUCAAGUUCCUGCUGGACUUCGGAGUGAACGUGAACGCAGCUGACAGUGAUGGAUGGACUCCCCUGCACUGCGCGGCCUCAUGCAACAGCGUCCACCUCUGUAAGAUGCUGGUGGAGUCCGGGGCGGCCAUUUUCGCAACGACAAUUAGCGACGUCGAAACGGCAGCGGACAAAUGUGAAGAAAUGGAGGAGGGCUACACACAGUGUUCUCAGUUUCUCUACGGUGUACAGGAAAAGUUGGGAGUGAUGAACAAAGGCUUGGUCUACGCUCUCUGGGACUACACGGCCCAGCAGGCCGAUGAGCUUUCCUUCAGCGAGAGCGACGGCCUCACUGUGCUCCGCCGGCGUGACGAGACCGAGACAGAGUGGUGGUGGGCGCGGCUUAAUGACCGGGAGGGAUACGUACCCAGGAACCUGCUGGGGCUGUAUCCAAGGAUCAAACCCAGACAACGCUCGCUGGCAUAAAGCCCAGAUCGGGGCCCACGUGCACGCAGAGAAGAAGAAGAUGAGCUGAAGCUGCAUGAGGGCGACCACAUCAGCCGAGGAAGAAAGAACAAAGGAUGGAGGCAGUCAAGAGGCUGAGAGAGAAAAGAAAAAAAAGAAACAAAGAUGGAGGUCAAAGUUUUGUUGGAUAUUUUCUGGCGUUGUUUGGAUGAAAUGCUGGAGCAACACAGCCAGGUCACGUGGAAUCAUGAUAUAUAUUUUUUACGGAGUUGCUGCUGCAGAGUAAAGGAAAUUUGCCUGAAUCGUAUAUUUUGAGCAACGGUAGCUUGACAACUUCACUGGAGUUCAGCUGCAUGACAGAAGCUGAGUAGAAAAAGAAAAAAGAAAUCACCAAAAUGUCCUUAUCUUUUUGGAUGCAGCUUCAACAUCCCCCUCAGUUCUCUUAGGGAACCGUAAGGCUUCAUCUUACAUUUCUCAAGUCAUCUUGAUCUAUGAAUGUCUCUUUUAUGUACAGUGUUUAUAAAAAAAACACACACACACAGCAGGAUCUUCAUAAAGCCAAACUCAUAAACUGCAUAGAAAUUGGAUGUGGCUUUUCUCAAUGGAAAUGUAUGGUAUGAUAUUGGAGAACUCUUCCACUCUAUGUUGUGGAGGUUUUAGAGGCAGUAAAUUUACAGGUUGGAUCGAGGAAGAGUAUGUGUGAGAUGAGACGUGUGAAAGUGAGGUUGGAGAAGGGAAAGUGAGAUGAGAGCACAGAUGAACGUGUGGUAAAGCAAGUCAGGUGUGGUCAGCACUGUGGCUAUUGAUCAGUUGAGCAGUUAUAGGCAAUGUUAGUCUGAGGACGUUGGAAACGCAGUCAUGUUUGAUGCAUGGUACAAUAGCUGAGAUCCACAUCAGCCCACAGAAGCACCAGAUGUUCACAACAGAAUAUAAUAGCAUGGUUUUACAAAAAAAAAAGAAGAAGAAAAAAAAAGGUUUGAACUGAUAUCAGAAGAUUUUUCGAUCUGAUGUAAAAAGCAUCUGUGAACCAUUACUGACGUCUCAACCUUUGAGUAUUUUUUCAUUUGUCUUGACUCAGCGCUGGUGCAUGCUGGCAUGUCAACAUCUAUUAAACUGCAAAAUGGUUGCUGGACAGGAGAAAGGAAGGGAAAAAAGGGAUUGUCGUCGUUGAGAAACCAAACUAUGAAAAAAAAAACGAGUUUAAAGGUUAGGGAUAAGGAAUAAGGAAUUGAAUGGACAAUAGUUUUCUUUACAUGAGCGAAAAAACCUCUGCUAGUCUUUACACAUCGCCACAUAAAACUCGGUCUUACACUCAGAUAAAGCUUCGAACAACAGCUGUGUGUUUAGUGAUUCAGUAUUCAACAGUCCACUGUUCAAUUAUCCAUAUAAAAGCUCAAGUGGCUACUCAAUUUUUAUUUAAGAUUACUCUGUCUUAGAUAAAAUGUCUUUUAAAAAAUCAAGUAAAUGACCUAUUGUAAACUCAGUCUCAUCCAUGCGCCACACACCAGAGUCUAAAAGGCUGAGAAUAUAUAUAUAUAUAUUCUGUGACUGAAUGAAGUAUCUAAAGUGUAAACCACUUGACUUUUUGUCAUUUCAUUUUAUUCUAUUUCAUUUUCAUGUUUAAAUAUUUCAGUAGUUGUAUUAAAUGUAUUAUUAUAUUAUGAUUUGUUUGGUUUUAAGUUGUUUUUUAUUAUUAUUAUUAUUGUUACCAUUAUUCUUAAUAUGAAUAUUGUUAUCAUUAUUAGGACACCCUGCUUUUGUUUUUCAUUUCGUCAGAGCUGGCACCUCUCACUGCUGCCACCUAGUGUACAGAAAGGGUUUGACACCAAAUAAAGCGUCAUUUCCUUCAAAAACAUGCUGUGUAAGAUACGAAGCAAUACAUUGAGUGAAGUCUGACGUGAGAAUGGCUCGUUUUCUUCUGAGGAGUGUGUACCAUUACUUUGUGCAUACGCCAUAAACUACACAGCUAAUGUACAUUAAUAAUAAAGAACGUAUAAUCCCUACAGAGAAUCAAA